UAUUAUAUAAAUCAAACAAGGUGACAAUUCGUCCGCGGUCUUCCAUACUAUUAUGCUUGUUAAUUGUAUGGUAAUAAUUGUGUACCCGGUUUAUUGGCGACGAGAAUAGGAUCUCUUUCAAUUUACGCUUGGUGUAUGAACAUUUAGUAAUUUAUCCUUUUCAGUGUCAAGUUUUACUAUACUAGUGCAUAUUUUUCGUAAAUGGACUUUACAUGUGAAUAAAGCAUACCCGAAUGAAAAAGUUUUCGCUGUUGAGAAAUGAAUAAGACGUUGAUAAUCCUUCUACUGUGUAUCGGUGGGUCCGUGAAAACCGUGCAAGCUUAUUCAAAUGGUGCGCCUGCAAGUGCGUGCGUUGAUAUGUUGCCGACGUCACCUAUGAUCACUUCCGGCACCUUACCGCAAACAGGACCGUCCAAUUAUGUCAUCCAGCUUUCUUCCCAGACUUACUGCUCGACCAGAAAUGUAGAUGUGACGCUGACCGUAGUAGGGACACAGACUUUCAAAGGAUUUUUAUGCCAACCACGACAAAAUCCCAGCGUCAGUGUAACAGAUGGGGUACUGAUUGACACAGAUACAUCAUCUACGGCCCAAAAUAACUGUGGCUCGCGAUCGUCGCUGACCCAUUCGAAUUCAAACGUCAAAACGUCAUUCAGAUUCCAGUGGCGACCGUCUUCUACCAGUACUGGUACUGUGUAUAUAGUAUGUACGGUCGUUCAGUCUCGGUCUGUAUUUUGGAAUAAACUAACAUCUCAGGCAAUUACAUACGACUCCACCGCUUGUCAAAGAGGCAUUGGAGAUACUUGCUCUUCUAACAGUGAUUGUUCUGCGGUUACAAACGGGAGAUGUGAUACGUUUGGUACUUUCACUUGUGUGUGUCCUUCGGCAUACAAAGUCACCAAUAAAUAUCAGUGCACUUUGAGAGGUUUUGGCGACACUUGUACUUCAAAUGCCGACUGUCAAGGUAUUGUCCAGGGCAUCUGUGGCACAAAUGGACAAUGUGGAUGCUCAACAACUUCCCAACAAUUGUCAAACUCCUGCUCGCCAAUAGGUCUUGGCGAUACUUGUUCGACAGACUCUAAUUGUGCGCUUGUAAACUGGGCAAGGUGUAACACGGGGACCAGAACGUGUUAUUGUCCUUCACCUUAUUUUCAAUCAGGCACUUCUUGUGUGACCAAAGCUCUUGGUGAUAGCUGUUCUUCCAACAAUGACUGCAUAGGAAUACCAUCUUCCUUCUGUGACACUGGAGUGAACCGGUGUGUCUGUCUGCCCACGUACAUAGAGAGGACAACAGGGUCUUGCGACCAAAGACGUUUGGGUGACUCGUGCAUUAGCACUGAUCAAUGCGGGUUGAUUACUUCCGGUACAUGUGCAUCUAAUACAUGCACGUGCCCAGCAGGUUUUACAAGAACUUCGGAUUUCACGUGUACGCGCAAAGAAAUAGGUGAUGUGUGUUCUGCAAGUAGUGACUGUGCAAGCUACCUUGGAGGUAUUUGUAACUUCCAAGUUUCUCCGUUCGUGUGUGGCUGUCAGGUGGGUUACAGACAGGUGAACCAGGGAUGCCAAAUUAUUGGACUUGGCGAGGCAUGUACGAAUGAUUUUGAUUGCCAGUGGGUGUCGUCUGCUUUUUGUAGUGCAAAUACAUGUUCGUGUCCAACAACUUUUAAAGUUGAAAGCAACACAUGUGUUAUGAGAGAUAUCGGUGACGUGUGCUUAAGCAAUCAGGAAUGCGGUGGCAUAUCUGGGGCAAUUUGUGACACUGCUCGGUGUGCUUGUCCGUCCGGUUUUAUUUUAAACUUUAAUGUCUGUGUACAGGCUGCUCUUGGUACAAGCUGUGUAAGGAAUAGUGACUGUGCAGCUGUAAGUAAUGCCGCAUGUGACACAGUGACAACAUUCAAAUGUGUUUGCUCAACUAUAUACAUACAAGAUGGUUUGACCUGUAGAUUAAGAAGAUUCGGAGAUAUCUGCCAGACUGAUAGCGAAUGCAGCGCCCUCACUAACGCUGCGUGUGACGUAAACUCGAGAGUUUGUUCCUGCAAGUCCGGUUUUAGGCUUAACAGCAAUAAUGUCUGCGAAGCUAUAGGAUUGGAUACGCCUUGCGUUCGCGACAGUGACUGCGGAGGUCUUCCAAAUAUCGUCUGCGACUCGAAUCUAUUGCGAUGUGUCUGCCAGACUGCCUAUAAAGUUGUAAACAACAAUUGCGUUCUGAGAGUUUUAGGUGACAGUUGUCAGUCAGAUUCAGAAUGCGGAGGAGUAAGUUCAGCACGCUGCAAUCCAAACUUUCCAAGAACUUGUGUAUGCCAGACUGGAUACAGACAGACCAAUUUCAACCAGUGUGAAUUCAUAGGACUUGGUUCGUCUUGCUCAAGUACCAGCGAUUGUGGAGGGCUUUCGAAUGUUGUCUGCGACACAGCGUUCACGUCUCAAUGUGUCUGUUCGCCUUUCUACAAGCAAGUCGGUAACACUUGUGAACGAAGACAAUACGGCGACAGUUGUAAUUCAGAUACAGACUGCGGUGGACUCACUGCUGCACGAUGUGAUGUCACGUGUGUUUGUCAGAUAGGCUAUAGGCUUAGCAACAACUUUUGUCAGAGAAUAAAUCUUGGUGAAUCAUGUUCAUCCGAAGGUGAUUGCUCACUAAUUACACAGGGGACCUGUGGUACUUCUUUUCCACGAACGUGUAUUUGUAAAACUUCAUACACAGCAGUAAAUGGAGUUUGUCAAUUUUUAGGGCUUGGCGCCUCUUGCUCACGUGACAGUGAUUGCGGAGGAAUUUCAAAUGUCGUCUGCGACACAUCGUCUACUUUCAAAUGUGUUUGCGCUACAGCAUACAAGCAGGAAAAUAACGCCUGUGUACUAAGAAAUUUCGGAGACAGUUGUCUUUCGGAUAACCAAUGUGGCGGGCUUUCGUUUGCACGUUGUGACGCAAAUUCUAGGACUUGUGUUUGUUUGGUUGGUUAUACAUUGGCCUUUAAUAGCGUCUGCCAACGAAUUGUUUUAGGUGGCUCGUGCUCAUCGGAAGCCGAUUGCUCGUUGCUUCAACAGGCAACCUGUUCUACAACAUUCCCAAGAACAUGUGUUUGUCAGUCAACAUACGUCAAUAUCAAUGGAGUUUGUCAACAAACUGGGCUUGGUUCUUCUUGUUCACGUGACAGUGACUGCGGAGGAAUUUCAAAUGCCGUCUGCGACACAGCGUCUACUUUCAGAUGUGUUUGCUCUACAGCUUACAAGCAGGAAAAUAACGCGUGUGUUCUAAGACGUUUCGGAGACAGUUGUCUUUCGGACAGCCAAUGUGGCGGGCUUUUGCUUGCACGUUGUGACGCAAAUUCUAGGACUUGUGUUUGUUUGGUUGGUUAUACAUUAUCCUUAAACAGCUUCUGUCAACGAAUUGUUUUAGGAGGCUCGUGCUCAUCAAAUGCUGAUUGCUCGCUGAUUCAACAGGCAACCUGUUCUACGACAUUCCCAAGAACAUGUGUCUGUCAGUCACCAUACGUUAAUAUCAAUGGCGUUUGUCAACAAACUGGGCUUGGCUCGGUAUGUUCUGUCGACAGUGACUGUUCAUCCGUUUCUAACGCAUUUUGUAAUCCAAACACAUCUCCUAGAACAUGCGCAUGUCGUUCACCAUAUGAAGCCGAGUCUGGUAAUUGUGUGAUACGAGGUCUUGGAUCGGACUGUGAUAGCAACACGGACUGCCAGAGUGUCCGUUACUCCUUUUGUGGUGCAACAAACAAAUGUGUUUGUAUUACUGCGUACAAACAGGUUAACCAAGAAUGCCAAGUCAGAGGGUUUGGAGAAAGUUGCACUAUACACGAAGAAUGCGGGGCACUUCAAGCUGCCUUUUGUAGUGACGAUGUUUUGAGAGUGUGCGCCUGUCCGUUUACGUACAAACAAAUCGACCUCGCCUGUUUACAAAUAGGUCUUGGUGACACCUGUGUGAGCACUUCUGAAUGUGCCAAUGUCAACUUUGCUAAUUGUAAUGCCGGGAUCUGUAGAUGCAAUUCCGGUUACACCCAGGAAGGCACCCAAUGUUUCAGGCGAGGGCUUGGGAUCCAGUGCUCAUCUAACUCUGAUUGUACUGGAAUAGGAAAUGCUGAAUGUGACAUUGGGAAUACUGACACGUGCGUUUGUCAAGUUACUUACAGAGAACUGAGCGGCCAAUGUGUAUCAAUAGGAUACGGAGAUAGUUGCAGAACUAACGCUGACUGUGGAAGACUAACUUCAGCUCAAUGUGAUUUAUCAAAUACUAGAACUUGUAUCUGUCAGACUGGAUAUAGAUGGAACAAUAAUAUCUGUGAAAGAAUAGGACUUGGAAUCCAGUGCUCAUCUGACUUUGAUUGUGCUGGAAUAGGAAACGCUGAAUGUGACACUGCCAAUACACGCACGUGCAUUUGUCAAGUUACUUACCGGCAACAAAACAGUCAAUGUGUGACAAUAGGAUAUGGAGAUGGUUGCAGAACCAAUACCGACUGUGGAAGACUAACUUCAGCUCAAUGUGAUUUAACAAACACUAGAACUUGUAUCUGUCAGACAGGAUAUAGAUGGAACAAUAAUUUCUGUGAAAGAAUAGGACUUGGAAUUCAGUGCUCUUCAGACUUUGAUUGUGCUGGAAUAGGAAACGCUGAAUGUGACACUGCGAAUGCACGCACGUGCAUUUGUCAAGUUACUUACAGACAACAGAACAGCCAAUGUGUUGCAAUAGGAUAUGGAGAUAGUUGCAGAAGUAAUGCCGACUGUGGAAGACUAACCUCAGCUCAAUGUGAUUUAACAAACACUAGAACUUGUAUAUGUCAGUCAGGAUAUAGAUGGAACAAUAAUUUCUGUGAAAGAAUUGGACUUGGAAUCCAAUGCACAUCGGACUUUGAUUGUGCUGGAAUAGGAAACGCUGAAUGUGACACUACCAAUACACGCACCUGUAUUUGUCAAGUUACUUACAGACAACAAAACAGCCAAUGUGUGGCAAUAGGAUAUGGAGAUAGUUGCAGAACCAAUGCCGACUGUGGAAGACUAACUUCAGCUCAAUGUGAUUUAACAAACACUAGAACUUGUAUCUGUCAGUCAGGAUAUAGAUGGAACAAUAAUUUCUGUGAAAGAAUAGGACUUGGAAUCCAAUGCACAUCGGACUUUGAUUGUGCUGGAAUCGGAAACGCUGAAUGUGACACUGCCAAUACACGCACAUGUAUUUGUCAAGUUACUUAUAGACAACAAAACAGCCAAUGUGUGGCAAUAGGAUAUGGAGAUAGUUGCAGAACCAACGCCGACUGUGGAAGACUAACUUCAGCUCAAUGUGAUUUAACAAACACUAGAACUUGUAUCUGUCAGACAGGAUAUAGAUGGAACAAUAAUUUCUGUGAAAGAAUAGGACUUGGGAUCCGGUGUUCAUCUAACUCUGAUUGUGCUGGAAUAGGAAACGCUGAAUGUGACACUGCCAAUACACGCACGUGCAUUUGUCAAGUUACUUACAGACAACAGAACAGCCAAUGUGUGGCAAUAGGAUAUGGAGAAAGUUGUAGAACCAACGCCGAUUGUGGAAGACUAACUUCAGCUCAAUGUGAUUUAACAAAUACUAGAACUUGUAUCUGUCAGACCGGAUACCGAUUAAACAGCAACAAUAUCUGUGAAAGAAUAGGACUUGGGAUCCAGUGUUCAUCUAACUCUGAUUGUGCUGGAAUAGGAAAUGCUGUAUGUGAUACUACGAAUACACGCACGUGCAUUUGUCAAGUUACUUAUAGGCAACAAAACAGUCAAUGUGUGACAAUAGGAUAUGGAGAUAGCUGCAGAACCAAUGCCGACUGUGGCAGACUAACUUCAGCUCAAUGUGAUUUAACUAACACUAGAACUUGUAUCUGUCAGACUGGAUAUAGAUGGAACAAUAAUAUCUGUGAAAGAAUAGGACUCGGGAUCCAGUGCUCGUCUAACUUUGAUUGUGCUGGAAUAGGAAACGCUGAAUGUGACACUGCCAAUACACGCACGUGCAUUUGUCAAGUUACUUAUAGACAACAGAACAGCCAAUGUGUGUCAAUAGGAUAUGGAGAUAGUUGCAGAACUAACGCUGACUGUGGAAGACUAACUUCAGCUCAAUGUGAUUUAACAAACACUAGAACUUGUAUCUGUCAGACUGGAUAUAGAUGGAACAACAAUAUCUGUGAAAGAAUAGGGCUUGGCAUCCAGUGCUUAUCUAAUUCCGAUUGUGUUGGGAUAUCCAACGCUGAAUGUGAUACUGGGAAUACUCGCACAUGUAUAUGUCGAGUUACUUACAGACAACAAAACAGCCAGUGUGUAGCAAUAGGAUAUGGAGAUAGUUGCCGAACUAACGCCGACUGUGGAAGACUAACUUCAGCUCAAUGUGAUUUAACAAACACUAGAACUUGUAUCUGUCAGUCAGGAUAUAGAUGGAACAAUAAUUUCUGUGAAAGAAUAGGUUUUGGAGAUACCUGUUCGUCCAACUUGGACUGUACAGUACAUCUAACCAACGCUGUGUGUGACUUGGGGAGCUCAAGAACAUGUGUUUGUCCCUCUACGUAUAGACAAGAUGACAACAGAUGUGUCCGUAUAGGGUUUGGAGAUUUGUGUCAAGAGAACGAUGACUGCGGGGCGCUUACAGAUGCUGUUUGUGGUCUGUCGUUACCAAGGAAAUGCACGUGUCCUUCCAAUUAUGAACAAAGAGGCUCUGCUUGUAUAAGAAUAGGAUUAGGGAAACCAUGCAACAUGGAUGACGAUUGUUCUGAAGUUAACUGGGCAAUGUGUGACUCACAAAAUACCAGCACGUGCAUCUGUCAAACGCCGUACAAGGCCGUGAAUGGAAACUGCAUUGUCAGACAACUGGGUGAUAAAUGUGAUGUGAAUGAUAACUGCAGGGGCGUUGCGUCAUCAAUUUGUGAAGGCAACGUGUGCAAAUGUCAAUCAAAUUUUAUCGAGCGUUCCAACGAAUGUAGACUAAGAGGACUCGGUGACACGUGUAGAAUAGAUUCUGACUGCACGAUAGUUUCAUGGGCAAUCUGUGACAGAAGUUCGUCCGUCUGUGUUUGUCGAGAACUAUAUGAGCCAAGAAAUGGACAAUGUUACUUGAAAAGUCUUCGACUUGGCGACAGGUGUAGAAACAGCGACGAUUGUGGAAACAUCCCGCAUGCGUUUUGUAGCGCCCUUGAUAGCAAGUGCGCGUGUUCUAUUGGCUACAAACAAGUAGAAGGGGCGUGUGUCAUCCGAGGACUCGAUGACGUAUGCUCAAGUAACAACGACUGUAAUCUACAAUCAAACACUUAUUGUGACGCCUUAGGAACAAGAACAUGCAUUUGUUCAUCCGGGUACUUGCGACAAAAUGGAGUAUGCGUCCGCCAAGAAAUCGUGUGUACCACCACUAGUGACUGUCGAGCUAUUCCAACAGCUUUUUGUGAUACGACGACGAGCACAUGUGCCUGUCCUUCCGGUUAUAAAUUGGAUAACAACCGGUGUUUACCUAAAGUGCUUGGUGACAGCUGCAUUGUCAACGUUGAUUGCAGGGCGGCAACGAGGUCAGUUUGUGACAUGGGAAACUCGAAUAAAUGUGUAUGCCCACCUUGGACAAAGCAGACGUCCGCAAAUGAAUGCUCACCAAAAGUUGUUGGCGAUAGCUGUAGGUACAAUGCCGAUUGUGAAGGGAUCUCAAUGGCGGUAUGUGACACGGACAAUACACAAACGUGCGUGUGUAUGACAGCUUACAAGGUGAAGAGAAAUGUUACACAUGUUGACUGUGUUGUGAGAGAGAUUGGGGAUACAUGUAACAUAGGGGCAGAAUGUGGCGCCAUCGUGAAUGGCAGAUGUGACGUCGGCGGUACUGAUACAUGUGUUUGUCCAGCAAACUAUAAGUUCAAAUCCCGGACCUGCUCGCCAAGAGUUUUGAACUCUCGUUGCUCGAGCAACGCUGAUUGUUUUGGAAUCGGUAACGCAGUGUGUGACGUGAUCAAUACAGAUAGAUGCAAGUGCUUGGACGGUUACGAGGGUAAUAUAAACAACGAUAUAUGUGUUGCGAUUGAAGGCUACACUGGUGGAGCAUUACCAAAUUCGAUGACGUCAUUGGCGAUGAUGGUUGUAUGUUUGACACUGGCACUACUCAGAUUCUUCGAAUAAUAAGUCGGACACUAAAAUGCAAAAUGUGAAGAAAACAUUUCGUAGCAAAACAAACGGGUGUGUGUACAUAUAUACAACAUGGCAAAAGGACAUCAGCGUGUUCAGACAAUCAAGAAACAACGGACAUUUACAUUUUCGCUUGAAGAUUUAUUAUGAGUUAUGAAUCAAAAUACUAAGAACUCGCAUAAAUUUUCUGUAAGUUGUAUAGUAAUCGGAUAUGACAAUCGGGACUACGUUCUAUAUUUGCUAUUCCCGGUUCAUAUCAGUUUCGUCUAGGUUUUAAUGUGUCUAGAUUGAUUUAUUUCGUUUCAUUUAACUCAUUCUAACAUGAAUCCUGUUGACAUUUUUUUCACCAUAAUCAUAUACGAAAAUAAUAGACUUAACUUCCUCUGUGAUUAAAGUAUACAUGUAAAGUUUUUAAUCAUUGUUCAGUAUAUUAAAUGCCAUAAUUGAAAAUGUUCGGCUGCAUCAUUGUCUUUGAAUGAAAAUGUUGCAAGCGUUUAUAUGAUCAGGUCUGAUCACAUCAUUGUUUAUAAGACGCUUACUGUAUGUACGUUAUUUCUUAGCUGUUUAAGUUUUUUGAAGUGUAGCAUUUAUUCCCCUGUCAUUGACAGAGAAAAAAAAAUCAAAAUUGUUUAUUGUUGAGUAUAAAAGAUAUAUUUUAAAGAAUUGUUUUGUUUUCCUAUGUAUUAUAUUUAAAUGUUAUAAUAACUGUUGUUUUGUAUACACUUAAUUACAAAAGAAAGCGUGCACGUGGUAAAUUGUAUGGUAAAUACAUAUUGGCAAAUUUUGAUACCAGGUCAUGGACUUUAAACCACGUGCCCCUCACCGCUGUCGGUUCGAAUCCCGACACAGACGUUGGAUUCUUUCAUGUAAGAAAGCUAUUCAGCGAGCUUGCGCAACUUCGGUGAUUCAACUCAGGUACACGUUCUUGCCUGAAAUAAUGCACGGCAGGGCACUUUAGGUCUUACUUUUCUUCCAGUCAACCUAGAAAGUUGCCAUAUGGCAUACACGGUGUUGGUGCGACGUUGAAUCCAACAAAAAAGUAAUCAAAGGACACUUUCUUUUGCAACUGAGUAUAUGACGUAUAUUUGUAAACAUAAAUGCACCUAUAGUAUGAUAUAAAUGAUGUAUUUUGUAAGGGGUUUGAUAUAGUGUAUAAUGGUGCCAAACAUUAUAUAUAUAAAGGCAUUAUAUAAAUAAAAAUAUUCAACAAUCAUUACUCUUUACAGGUAUAUAGACAUAUUUAGCUUUAUUAUGUAGUCAAAAUUAUUUUAUACUUUUAUUUUCUGAUGUUUACUCACAGUAGCCAAGAUUUUUUUUAUUUCCUUGGUUAUUUUUUUCAUGUGUAUUCUUUAAUAUUUGUUUAUGUGCAUAUUGACAAUGUUUGACGGAACAUAAACUGAUUAUGUGAUAUAUUAUCAAUUUUUUAUGCGUGCAGAACUAGGACAAUAUAAUCGGCAACGAAUGUGCCUUAAUUAUAUACAAAACUAAAACAAAUUAAUCUUCAAAAUUCCAUGCGUUCAAUACCCUAUGCGCAUAAAACUAGGACAAAAUAACUGAUAAUAUUCCAUGCUGCUUGCAUACACAACUAUGGCAAAAUAAUCGACAACAUUCCAUGCGUAUGAAUCAUGGACAUAUUAACUGACAAUAUUCCAUGCGCAUAAAACAAGGACAAUCAAAAUAAUCGACAACACUCCAUGCGUACAAAUCCAGGACAAAAUAACUGACCACAUUUUAUGC